AUGACGUCAUUAAUGUACAGCCGGUCAACAGACGGAGAUGGACCACAUUUCCUCCAUCACCAGUUUCACAAGAAUUCCCAUCGACGUGCUCCUCAUCAGAGCUGCCAGAGAGGCAAUGAGGAGACCGGAGAACACAGUUUAACGCUCGCCACACUUCAGGUCUUAUGUUUCCCUAAGCCUUACUCAGAUUUCCACUUCAACACCGGCUUUAAUGCGUGCAAACGACUCCGGUUACUGUUUCAUUACCGGCCUGUAACUCUACAAUAA